AUGGCCUACUCGAUAGUCGAUGCAACGUACACGCCAAUCUAUGUGACCCACAGCCUCAUUGUCGACCGCACCAGAACCGAGUCCACAGCCAACCUGGGUGUACAUAUCGACGCAGCAAACGGCAAGAGAUCACAACCCAGGAUUAAACGUAACGUGAAAUUUAUUACACCAGAAGCGCCAGACUCUGAAGGAUGCCUUUCUGUGUCUCGUUUACAGACAGUUCAUUGCCUCCUUCGUCAGUUGGCUGGAAAUGUCAGUGCAGCAUACGGCGUGCAGAAUGUUGCAGAAGUAACAUUUUCUUUUUUUAAUAUUGUAGCAAACACAUACCUAAUGUUGUCUCACUAUCUUGGGAAUGCAGCCCUCUCGAGUGCUCUGUCGACCUGGGAGCUAUUGUUACAGUGCAUGCCGUGGUCAACAAUGGCAGCCUUGAGGCUCAUCAGCAUUGCAUGCAGUAGUGAUGCAGUCAUCAGAGAAGCUAACCGUACUGAAUAUUUGGUCACCAAGUUGCUGCUGUUGUUGCCUCCACCGGGUACCUGCGGUCUCCACUACAGUCUACAGAAGUUCGUUCAUCAGCUGAGCCACAACCGAGUAAGCUACAGCGCUGCAGGGCUCUUCUCCAUUGACAGGUCACUACUCACAAGUUGUGUGGCUGCAGUCACCACCUACCUCGUGAUCCUCGUCCAGUUCGGUACAUCUGAUCUGUGUAAAGAAGGCAAGGGCCUUUGUUAA